AUGGCGAAUGUGACCAAGAAAUCCGCGUCCAAAACGGCUUUUUCGGCUUUUUUGAUGAAUACUCAAGCAGUGGUUAAUCCUGUCACACCGAUAAAGACCAAGGCGGCCUACAAACUUUAUCCCCCAAGCAUUCUUAAUGGAACGGGCCUAAAGAACAACAAAUGUGGGAAACGUGCCCUGAAAAGGAGUUCCACCAAGAAGGAUGUUAAAGAAGUAACUCCACCCAUGCCAAAGAAAGGUAAAGAUUCACCACCAGUGGAGGAGCCAUGGCCUCUGGAGGUGCAACCUGCAAAGCCUGCUGAAGAUCAACGUGAAAAGCCUGCUAAAGAUCAACCCACUACUUCUGAAGCAAGCACCAUGACUGAUGCUGAAGAAGUAACUCCACCCUUGCUGAAGAAAGGCAAAGAUUCACCACCAAUGGUGGAGCAACCAGCAAAACCUGCUAAGGAUCAACCCACUACUUCUGAAGCAAGCACCAUGACUGAUCCUGAAGAAGUAACUCCACCCUUGCUGAAGAAAGGCAAAGAUUCAUUAUUGAUGGAGGAGCCACAGCCUCUGGUGGACCAACCGGAAAAGCCUGCUAAGGAUAAACCCACUACUUCUGAAGCAAGCACCAUGACUGAUGCUGAAGAAGUAACUCCACCAGUGCAUAAGAAAGGCGAAGAUUCACCACCGAUGGAGGAGACAUGGCCUCUGGUGGACCAACCUGCAAAGCCUGCCGAGGAUCAACCCACUACCUGUGAAGCAAGCUCUGUGUCUGAUGUGGAAGAAGUAACUCCACCCUUGCUGAAGAAAGACAAAGAUUCACCACCGGUGGAGGAGCUACAGCCUCUGGUGGAACAACCUGCAAAGCCAGCUGAAGAUCAACCCUCAAAGACUGCUGAGGAUCAACCCAGCCCCUCUAAGGCAAGCACCAUGACUCUCGAGGUGGAUAGCCAAUAG